CGCCUUCCCGCCGGCGGAAGCGGGAGUGACGGCACUGAGGGCGACGCCAAGAUGGCGGCACCCAGCUUGCUGCGGGGGGCGUUUAGGCGGCUGUUCGCCGGGCUCUGGGGAAGCGGCUGGGUCGCACCACCGGCUAGAACCCUCCGGGAGGUCGUGGAGGUGACUGAAGGCAACACGACCAUAAUUGAAGGGAAAAUUAUUGAGGAUGCUGAAACACCACCACCUCCUAACCCCUCUGGCCAGUGUCCUAUCUGUCGCUGGAACCUGAAGCAUAAGUACGAUUAUGUGGAUGUCUUGCUGUUGAGCCAGUUUAUCCGUUCUGAUGGAGGGAUGCUGCCACGAAGGAUCACAGGCCUGUGUUUGGAGGAGCACAAGAAGAUUGCUGCCUGUGUGCAGAUGGCGCACCGUGCAGGUUUACUGCCAAACCACAGGCCUUUACUUACUGAAGGGCAUGUUCCCAGGAAACCCAAGUUGAACAGGUAUCUGACUCGUUGGUCCGUCAGAUCUGCAAAGCCCAUCUGGAAGAGGGGCCCUAAGUGGUGCAAAGUUCCCAUGCCAGUUGGACACCUUCUUCUGAAGGAUAAUGUCAAAUUUAUACACAAGCCCCUUUAUUACAACCACUAGAUUCCCGAACUGGCACAGUCAAGGAGCACAGCUGUUUUACACUGCUCUGCUUUUUUGUUUGCAAGUUUGUUGGUAUCUCCAAUUUCCAAAUUCAGAAACUCUCAUUAGUGUCCUGUAUUGCCUCUGGCGAAUGAGCUGCGAUCUGUUCCUCAAGGAAAACACGGGAUUCAGCAAAGCAGAAUUCAACGUUCGGAAUGAUUUUGGAGAAAGCAUGGGGCAAAGAUUUUACCUCAAAGCCAGGAAGGAUCUGAAGGCUUCUGUGUCACUGUAGUCUGCUGCUGGGUUUGGAAAGGCGGUUUCCUUCUUUUCCUGGAAAUAAAUGGUAAUUCCCCUUUAACGUGUUUCAGUUUGGAUUUGCCUCAUUUGGGCUGUUGUAUCUCUGACUUCCUGGAGCUCUGUGUCUCCUAAGCAGUAACAAAUUAGGUUAAUGACUACCAAAGUUAACUAUAUUUAAAAUCUGUGCUAUCCAUAAUUUGCAGCAGAAAACACAUGGCGGUGGCAGGCAAACGUGUAUUUCUUGCACAUGCACUUCAGCAUUCCAAGCUUGUGCAUCCUUCCUGGAUCAAGCAAAUACAGAAUGUUGAUGUUCCAGACAAACGGACUUCGUUUUCUCCUUGCAAAUAAAUGCAUUUUCUAUGUUUUCCAUGUCAGUGAUGAGGGUCCUUCCCAGGAUAGUUUUGGGCUGACAGAUGCGCAUAAUUUUCCAUAUUGUAAGUAAAAGCGCCAUUUCUCUUGUAUAAUGUCUAUGUGCAACUUUCACUGAUCAUUUCUACUUGAGAAGUGCUAAUUAAGGGCCUUAUGUGAAAGGCUUAUUAAAUUAUCAGGGUCA